AUGAGAGCUUCCCUCGCCCAGUAAUUGUUCCUGAGAACCAGAUUGUCAAUAAAAAUGAGGAGGCCGUGUUCCAUUGCCAGUUCACAGCUGAGCCACCACCUACUCAGGAAUGGUUGUUUGAUGGGAAAAUAAUUUCCAAUAUGAGCAGGACUGUGGUCCUUUCCAAUGGCUCUUUGCUAAUACCUCAGGUGAAACUGCGUAAUGUUGGGGUCUACAAAUGUGUUGGCCGUGGGCAGAGAGGAAAGCCUGUCAUUUUGGAAGCAACUCUUCAGCUGGCAGAAAUUCACGAUAUGGUUUCACUCGAGCCAAAGACUUUCAUAGACAAUACAGAGCAGCGUGUGGUCUGUUACACACCUCGGGGAGUCCCUGAGCCCCAUAUUUGGUGGGAAAGGAAUGGCGUUCGCGUCCCCACUACUGGCAGGGUACGGCAAGAAGCAGAGGAACUCAUCUUCGAGGGCAUUGUUGAGAAGGAUGCGGGGAUAUACACUUGCCAUGCAGCAAACAAGGCUGGAGGAAAAAAACAAGAUCAGAUCAUCACAGUAGCCACCAAGCCAACGUGGGUGAUAAAGCCCAAGGAUGUUCAACUGGAAGAAGGCAAACCAGCCUAUCUUCACUGUCUCAGCAAAGCUUCAUUGAAGCCCAGUAUUACCUGGUAUCGCAAUGGCUUCCUGAUUUCAGAG